GCGUGAGGGCUUUCGGUUUGUUUGGAUUUGUGGGCGGUGCGUGCAGAGCCCGGGAAAAGCGGUAAAUGGCGGCGCCGAGCGCGGGCUUGCGGCCCGCCCUGCACCGAAAGGAGGUAAUGGCCGCUGACAGAGGGCGCAGGCUAUUGGGAGUGUGUGGCAUGCAUCCUGACCAUCAGGAAGCACUAAAAAAGAACCGAGUGGUAUUGGCCAAACAGCUUUUGCUGAGUGAACUGUUAGAACACCUCCUAGAGAAGGACAUCAUCACCUUGGAAAUGAGGGAGUAUAUUCAGGCCAAAGUGGGCAGUUUCAGCCAAAACGUGGAACUUCUCAACUUGCUGCCCAAGAGGGGUCCCCAGGCUUUUGAUGCCUUCUGUGUGGCCCUGAGAGAGACCAAGCAGGGUCACCUGGAGGACCUGUUGCUCACUACCCUCUCUGGUCUUCAGCACGUAAUCCCACCGUUGAGCUGUGACAACGACUGGAGUCUCCCCUUCCCGACGUGCGAGUCCUGUCCCCCUCACAAGCAGCUCCGCCUGUCUCCAGAUGCUGUGGAACACUCCCUAGACAACGGAGACGGUCCUCCCUGCCUUCAGGUGAAGCCUUGCACUCCUGAGUUUUAUCAAACACACUACCAGCUGGCCUAUAGGUUGCAGUCUCGGCCUCGUGGCCUGGCAUUGGUGCUAAGCAAUGUACACUUCACUGGAGAGAAAGACCUGGAAUUUCGCUCUGGAGGGGAUGUGGACCACAGCACUCUGGUCACCCUCUUCAAGCUUUUGGGCUACAAAGUCCACGUUCUACUUGACCAGACCGCACAGGAAAUGCAAGAGAAACUUCAGAAUUUUGCCCAGUUACCUGCUCACCGUGUCACUGACUCCUGCAUAGUGGCGCUCCUCUCUCAUGGCGUGGAGGGAGGCGUCUACGGUGUGGAUGGCAAACUGCUCCAGCUUCAAGAGGUUUUCCGGCUCUUUGACAAUGCCAGCUGCCCAAACCUACAGAACAAGCCGAAAAUGUUCUUCAUCCAGGCCUGCCGCGGAGAUGAGACAGACCGAGGGGUUGACCAGCAAGACGGAAAGACCCAUGCAGGGCCCUCCGAGUGCGAGGAGAGCGACGCCAGCACGGAGGAGUUGCUGAAGACGCGGCUGCCCACGCGCUCAGACAUGAUCUGCGGCUACGCCUGCCUCAGAGGCACUGCUGCCAUGCGGAACACCAAGCGGGGCUCCUGGUACAUUGAGGCCCUCACUCAAGUGUUCUCCGAGAGGGCUUGUGACACGCACGUGGCCGACAUGCUUGUUAAGGUGAAUGCGCUUAUCAAGGAGCGUGAAGGCUACGCCCCCGGCACUGAGUUCCACCGGUGCAAGGAGAUGUCCGAGUACUGUAGCACCCUGUGCCGGCACCUCUACCUGUUCCCGGGCCACCCUCCCACGUGAGGCCACCCUGUCAGGCCUGCCGCACGGAGGCUCGGAGGCCGCUUCUCUCGGGCCGCACGGUUUCUGUUCCCCCUCAGGGAUGGGGAAUCUCCCAGGCUUAUCACACACCACACCCGUGGCCAUCUCCUCUGCGCCUGCUGGUCUAGCUCCUCCCUGUGGAGCCGGCUCUGGCUGGCCUGGCUGACGGUGUCUUUAUGGGGGUUUCCUCGGGCUGGUGGGCUGGUGUUAUUUCCGCCCUCAGGGCUUUUGUAGCCAGCACUUUGGUGAUUGUUUUUAUUAGUUGUUUUUAUUAGGUCAGAUGUUUCAGAGGCCAUCUCCUGUCUCGUCUUUCUUUCAUAUCCCAACCCCAUUUAUCCUGACCUAAGAGUUUAGAAGGUAUCCUGAUUCAACAGAGGCAUUUUUCAUUUAGCCUCAAGAGGGGAGACGGGAUUAAUGGCACACUGUGCCACCCGGUGUGUAGUCCUGACCUGUGCACCCCCUGCGGCACCCUAAGGCCACCCAGUGGAAGGCCGGUGUUGUCCACUGUUGGCUCCUUGGGGCUCCAGGAACCCAGCCUCUGGGCAGAGGUUACAGCUUGGAUGCCUUGUACCUGGAACUUGUUGAUCUUUGCCCAGGGAGGUUCCAAAGAUCCUUCAGUCAGUCAUUCUUGCUCAGCUUUUUUACUGCAGCGAGCCUGGCAGAGAGGGUUAGCAGAGGCAGAUAAGAGUGGUAUGCUUCCUCGUACUCUGCAAUCUGUCCCCUUAUCUUUCUCUUCCUCUGAAAUGUCCCUUUCUUUUAUAAAGCAUCCUGGUGGUUAUCUCCCUACUUCCUGUUUCUCCCCUUUUACCUUCCUUUCAUGCUGCCAUCAAAUCUGUGUAAAAUACUACUUAAUUGGAUCAUUUGGCUGCUCAAGGAUGUAAUAGAGUAGCUUGUUCCUACUUUCUGUUUCAGUAUCAAAUCCCCUUUUGAUGUUAUAUGGCCUGUUUCCCCUUCCCGUGUGUCUCCAUUUUAGAGAGACUGUUGCUGUGUGUGUUGUUUAUCCUCUGUGCCAUAUGAAGCUUCCCUGUUCUUCAAGGCCUCUUCUUGGACUUCCAUUCUUGCCCCCUCCAAUCUAAUCUCUGGGUGGCAGAUUUUGGUUUGGGGUCUUUAUAAAUCUGAUGUCACUCCCCUGCUCAGAUUUCUGUUCACCUCAAGGAGUGUCCAAACUCCUAACCUUGGCCUGCAGGACUCCGACCUUCCCCCUUGAACCUCAUAAAAUGCUGAUUUCCCUCUAAGUGCCAGCCCCAGCCCCUUCCUCAGUUUCUCAAACAUUCCAAGCCUUUUCCCUGCCCUGGGCCCUUACAGACACUCUUCUGGGGUCUACUGAGCCCCACUCCUUACAAGUCUUGGCCUAAAUGCCACCUUCCAGACCUUUCUAUCUCUAAGCAAUCUUCCGUGUUUCUUUAUUACCGCCUCCUGUUUAAUCCCCUCCUUGCAUUUAGCACAAUUUAUACGCACGUGUUUGCUUGCUUCACAUGUGCAUUUCUGUCACCCCUACUAGGUUGUAAGAUCCCUGAGGGUAGAAAUCUUGUCUCUUUUGUUCUCCAUUGUGUACCCAGUGCCUGGCACAUGAUAGGUCUUCAAUAAACACCUUGGUAUAAAAGAAGGAAGAAAACAACCCUAGCUAGAAUUCUACUUUGGGACAAAAUUACCCUUUAAAAUAUACACAGGGUUAGUAUUUAUACUGUAGUUUUUCCAUAUGUUUUCGUUUUGUCCACUGAUCUGUUCACUCUUGAAGACAGAUGUCCCAUGGCAGACGACUUCCUCUGUGUCCGAUGGCAUCUGCGUAGCGCUCAGUCAGUGGUAGUUCAGGUGCUCGAUAAAUUCCGGUUCAGUGAGCCAGUGGUUUGGAGACUUGCCGCCAAGUCCUGCCCGUGGGUCCAAAUAUGGAAGUAUUGGGUUGAUAGAACCUUUCCACUUCGCACUGCCAGGAUUUUAUAUGCCUUCAGGUGCCAAAUAAAUACCCAUAUUUAUUA